AUGAUCUUUCAAGCACUGUUUGAGUGCAUGGACUUUCCUGGAUGGCUGUUCUUCAGUUUUGUAGUGUUAGUUUUGACUGAUGUUUUCAGAAACAGGAGGCCACACAGCUUUCCACCUGGUCCCUGGGCUGUGCCUUUUCUAGGAAAUGUAUUCACUGGAGUUGACUUCAAAACAAUGGAGAAGCUUGCUCGGGUGUACGGCCCAGUGUUCAGUUUGAGGAGAGGCAGUGAGAGGAUGGUGUUUAUUUCAGGAUACAAGAUGGUCAAAGAGGCUCUUGUUAACCAGCUGGACAGCUUUGUUGAUCGACCUGUUGUCCCUCUCUUCCAUGUUGUCACCAAGGGACUUGGCAUAGUUUUGAGCAAUGGUUACCUGUGGAAGAAGCAGAGGAAGUUUGCCAACACUCACCUGCGUUACUUUGGAGAGGGCCAGAAGUCACUGGAAAAAUACAUUGAAGUGGAAAGCAACUUCCUCUGUGAAGCUUUCAAUGAGGAACAAGGAAGGCCAUUCAACCCCCACUACAUCAUAACGAAUGCAGUGAGUAACAUCAUCUCCUCUGUGGUCUUCGGACACCGUUUUGAAUACAGCGACCAAAGAUUUCGCAAGUUCCUGGAAUUGGACAAUGAGGCCAUUGUGCUUGCAGGCUCUGCUCAGACUCAGCUGUAUGACGCCUUCCCUGGCUUGCUGAAGUACCUGCCAGGACCUCACCAGACUGUUCACGCCAACUACAAGGAGAUAAUGGUUUUCCUGAAAAAGGAAGUAGAGAAGCACCAAGAAGAGUGGAACCCAGAUGACCCUCGAGAUUAUAUUGAUGUUUACCUGGCAGAGAUGGAGAAGAAAAAGGAGGAUCCCCAGGCUGGCUUCAACAUAGAAACCCUGCUGGUUUGCUUGCUUGAUCUAAUUGAGGCUGGGACAGAAACAAGUUCCACCACUUUACGCUGGGGCCUCGUAUACAUGAUGCACUACCCAGAGAUACAGGAGAAGGUCCAGGCAGAAAUAGACAGAGUGAUCGGACAGUCUCGUCAGCCAAACAUGGCCGACAGACCCAACCUGCCUUACACUGAUGCUGUCAUCCACGAGAUUCAAAGGAUGGGGAAUAUUGUUCCCCUGGGAUUCCCCAAAAUGGCCAGUAAAGACACAACACUGGGAGGAUACUUUAUACCCAAAGGCACAUUUAUUAGUAUAAUCCUUGCAUCUGUGCUGUUUGAUAAGAAUGAGUGGGCGACUCCUCAUGUCUUCAAUCCUGAGCAUUUCUUGGAUUCAGAGGGCCAGUUCCGCAGAAGAGAUGCAUUCUUACCGUUCUCAGCAGGUAAACGUGUGUGUUUGGGGGAGCACCUGGCCAGAAUGGAGCUGUUCCUGUUUUUUUCAUCUCUCCUCCAACGCUUCACCUUCUCUCCAGUUCCAGGAGAAAUGCCCAGCUUAGAGGGCGUGCUGGGCUUCACCUAUUCCCCUGAGGAGUUCAGGAUGCACGCCUUGCCUCGCUGAUCAAUGAUCUCUGUUAGACAACAAAGUCUCAAAAUCAAAUAUCUGACUUUAUAUCUGAAAACUAAUUUGUAAAGCCACUUAAAAAUAAAAAAGAUAGAUAUUUGCAAGUUGAAAGACAAAGAAA